UUUGUAAAAGAGAUUUUCCCCGCUAGGCUUAAGUGGCGUUUCCCCUUGGGUUCCGUCUGUUUGUUUUUUUCAUAGUGUUGUGGCGACGUGGUUGGUGUCAGCUGUUUUCGGACAGCUGUCUCGGGGGCACAUCCGCGUGAUUUCAUCUUUGUUUGAGCGGGGAGUGUUACAGAAGAGUGAGUCUGGUGUGGCAGGGGUCGGGCCAGUAGUGGUUCAGACAGCUGGUUUGACAUUCGAACAGCAAAAGGAGCUUUUGGCCAUGCAGUUUAAUCAGGAGAGAUUGCAGUUGGAGAUGAGGGGUCAGCAGCAGGAGGUAGAGAAGCGUUUAGAGGUGGAGAAGAUGCUGGAGGUGGAAAAGAUGAAAUGUGAGGUGGAACAUGCUAGAUUACGGCUGAUGGGAGAGGGCAAGUUUUCUCCAGGGGAGGAUGGUGGUGAUAGGUCGGCAUCAGGCAGUGGCGAUAUCAUUUCUUACUUGCGAUUAGUGCCAAAGUUCAAUGAGCGUGACCCGGACAUUUUUUUCACUCUAUUUGAACACAUAGCAGAGGCAAGAAACUGGUCAGAUUCGGACAGAGUGCUGUUACUUCAGUGUGUACUCACGGGGCGAGCACAGGAAGCCUAUUCAGCUAUUUGUGGCGAAAAUACUUUGGACUAUGAUAGAGUAAAAUCAGCGGUGUUGAAAUCUUACGAACUGGUUCCUGAAGCGUAUCGUCAAAGGUUCAGAAGUGGGGUCAAGGGAGAUAAGCAGACACAUGUGGAGUUUAUCCGUGAUUUAACUUCUCAUUUUCAGCGGUGGUGCGCGGCAGCAAAGGUUGCAAGUUUUGACGGUCUUUGUGAGCUCAUUGUCUUGGAACAAUUUAAAAACAUUCUCCCUCAGCGUGUGGCCACAUAUGUGAAUGAACAGAAACCUCCCACCGCGUUUAGAGCUGCUAAAUUAGCGGACGAUUUUGUGUUGACACAUAAGGGCAGUUUUGCGGAGAAAUAUUCUAGGGGUGAUUGGAAACGUGGAGAAGACAAUGGAGAUGCCCGUGCAAAGUUUUCACCAGGCUCCUCCCGUAGAUUUGCAGGUACAGGGCGACCCGAGGGGGCCAAAGUGGACCAAUGUCACUAUUGCAAAGGUGGGGGUCAUUGGAAGGAGCAGUGUCCAUUGCUGGAAACGAAGGGGAAGCCUCGUUUGUCACCACAUGCUCCAGCCAUGUGUUGUUCUGCCGUGUUGGUUAAAAAGCCACAGGGUGUAGGAUCGGGCAUGGUGCCUGAUAAGAAGCUGGUUUGUGCCGACUUGGAUGUGGGUUCUGUUUUUGGGCCGUUCAUAACGGAAGCCGUUGUGUCAAUAGUUGGUAGUGACAAGUAUGAUUAA